CUUUCCGGACGUGUUGUUUGUUACUCGUCGAGGCAGCCUGAGCUCAGUUGGUACUGCAGGCUGGCAACGACAAGUACUAAAGGCGGAGCCUCAGGAGCUCGCGGUUCCUCAGAAAGGAUGGCGCAUUUCUCCAGCGAAGACGAGGCGAUGCUGCAGGCCAUGCUGAGGCAGUUGUUCCUGAGCGUGAAGGAGAAAAUCACGGGUGCUCCGUCCCUAGAGUGCGCCGAGGAGAUCCUCUUACAUCUGGAGGAAACUGAUGAAAAUUUUCACAACUAUGAAUUUGUGAAAUACCUUAGACAGCGCAUAUGCAACACUCUGGGGUCCAUGAUUGAAGAAGAAAUGGAAAAAUGCAUAUCUGGUCAGAAUCAGGAUGAUGAAUCUGGCUAUGACACAGUAGUACAGCAUGUUACUAACAGAACUCAGGAAUCUAAAGAGUACAAAGAAAUGAUGCAUUCCCUGAAGAAUGUUAUGAUGAUAGUGGUGGAGUCUAUGAUUAACAAGUUUGAAGAAGAUGAGAUACGAAAUCAAGAACGGCAGAGAAGAAUCCAAAAGGAGAAAAGUCAUAGUUAUUGCACAGACAAUUGCUCUGAUAGUGAUUCAUCAUUCAAUCAGAGUUACAAAUUUUGUCCAGGAAAAUUGCAAUUGAUUUUAGACCAGUUGGACCCCGGGCAACCUAAAGAGGUGAGAUAUGAAGCCUUACAAACCUUAUGUUCAGCUCCUCCAUCUGAUGUCCUUAAUUGUGAAAACUGGACUUCUCUCUGUGAUAAACUAAAAGUGGCUCUAUCAGAUCCUGAUCCAGUGUUUAGUGACCGGAUUUUAAAAUUCUAUGCACAGACAUUUACGCUUUCACCAUUACAUAUGACUAAGGAGAUUUAUACAAGCUUAGCUAAAUAUUUGGAGGUAUACUUUAUUUCUAGAGAAAAUCAUAUUCCUACUCUUUCAGCUGGUAUAGAUAUAACUAAUACUAAUAUGAUCCGCUUACUUAAAAAGGUUCGUCUUCUAAAUGAGUAUCAGAGAGAGGCUCCUUCUUUCUGGAUUCGUCACCCAGAGAAGUAUAUGGAAGAAAUUGUGGAGAGUACUUUGUCUUUGUUGUCAGUUAAACAUGAUCAAAGCCAUCUCAUGUCACAGAAGGUUUUGGAUCCAAUCUACUUUUUUGCAUUGGUCGAUACCAAGGCUGUGUGGUUCCAAAAGUGGAUGCAUGCAUAUUAUAGCAGAUCUGCAGUAUUAAGACUUCUUGAAAAGAAAUAUAAGUCUCUGAUAACUACAGCAGUUCAGCAGUGUGUUCAAUAUUUUGAAUUGUGUCAGACCAUGAGAACUGAUGGAAUUUUGGAACAAUCAAAGCAUUGUGGGAACAGACAGAAAACUUUCUACUACUCAGGACAAGAAUUACAAUAUAUUUAUUUCAUCCACUCACUAUGCCUGUUAGGAAGAUUACUGAUUUAUACACAAGGCAGAAAACUCUUUCCUGUAAAGCUGAAGAAUAGAAAAGAUUCAAUGUCCCUAACAGAACUGCUGGUUUUGUUUACCCAACUUAUUUAUUAUUCACCAAGUUGCCCAAGGACAUCAGCUUCAGAAUUAGAGAAUUAUUCUCCUGCCAGUAUGGUGACUGAAGUUCUGCAAAUUCUCUGUGAUCAAAAAGAGUGUGCUAUCGAAUGCUUAUAUAACAAUACUGUGAUAGAGGCACUUCUUCAGCCUAUUCAUAAUAUAAUGAAAGGAACAGAGGCUGCUCUGAAUUGCUCUGAAACAGCUUUAACUCAGAUAGCUGAUAUCUUGGCAAGAAUUGCCUCUGUGGAAGAAGGACUUAUUUUACUUCUUUAUGGUGAAAAUAUGAACUCUUCCAAAGAAAACAGUCCUACAGGUGCUCACAUAAUUGCCCAAUUUUCAAAAAAACUUCUUGAUGAAGAUAUUUCUACUUUUUCUGGAUCUGAGAUAUUGCCUGUUGUUAAAGGAGCUUUUAUUUCUGUGUGUCGUCAAAUAUAUGGUACAUGUGAAGGCCUGCAGGUGUUAAUUCCUUAUGGUUUGCAUGAAUCUAUAGCAAAGGUAUGGAAGAAGACAAGUUUUCUAUCAGAAAGAAUUCCUACUCCAGUAGAGGGUUCUGAUUCUGUUUCCUCAGUGAGCCAGGUAUCUCAAAACAUUAUGGCUUGGGAAGAGAAUUUGUUGGAUAAUUUACUAAAUUUUGCUGCCACUCCCAAGGGAUUACUACUUCUUCAAAGAACAGGUGCCAUCAAUGAAUGUGUGACGUUUAUGUUCAACCGAUAUGCAAAAAAACUACAGAUCAGCAAGCAUAGAAGGUUUGACUAUGGUGUUUUGAUUACACAAGUGGCAUCAACAGCAACAGGUGCAAUAGCACUACAAAAUUCAGGGUUUAUUAAUGCACUUAUAACUGAACUGUGGUCCAAUCUGGAAUGUGGAAGAGAUGAUGUGAGGGUAACUCAUCCCAGACCUACUCCAGUGGAUCCUAUUGACCGAAGCUGUCAAAAGUCUUUUCUAGCACUGGUGAAUUUGUUAUCCUAUCCUGCUGUGUAUGAAUUGAUAGGCAACAAAGAUCUUCCUAAUAAAGCAGAAUAUUCUCUUCGUGAAGUACCAACAUGUAUUAUUGAUGUUAUUGAUAGACUUAUAGCAUUGAAUUCUCAAGCUAAGAUCCGGUCUUUAUUCAACUAUGAACAAUCACACAUCUUUGGUCUAAGGUUAUUAAAUGUGAUAUGCUGUGAUCUGGACACUCUUCUCUUAUUAGAGGCUCAGUAUCAAGUAUCUAAAAUGUUAUUAAAUGCACAAGAAGAAAAUAUAUUAGAGACUUCCGAGACUCACAGGGAUUUUAUCAUUGAUGCUUUGUCAGUAGAGAGAAACCAUGUUCUUGUUAGAAUAAGUCUUGUUGGUGGGCCAUUGGAACGAAUUUUGCCUCCAAGGAUACUAGAGAAGGGUGAUGAUCCAUAUCCAUGGCCUAUGUUUGCAUCGUAUCCUUUGCCAAAAUGCUAUCUGUCAGAAGCAAAAAGGAAUGCUGACAUAAAACUAGACAAUGAUCUUGGCAACCUUUUAUUAUGCUUCAAAGUGUCUGAUAAACAAACUGAGUGGAUUGAAAAUUGCCGAAGACAAUUCUGCAAAGUGAUGAAGGCCAAACCUGAUAUAAUCAGUGGAAGUGCUUUAGUAGAAUUACUUGAAAAAUUUGUGUUUCAUCUCACUGAAAGCCCAUCUGAAUGUUACUUCCCCUCAGUGGAAUACACAGUGACUGAUGCCAGUGUGAGGAGUGAGAAUCUUUCAUCUGUGCAGCAGCUUGGCAUUAAAAUGACUAUCAGGUAUGGCAAAUUGCUCAACCUGUUAAAAGAUGGUGCAGAAAAUGAUCUUACUUGGGUGUUAAAGCACAGUCAGAGAUUGCUGAAACAGCAGCAAGCUCCUGUAAGCUCUUCUCUUCUCUGCCUGCAAGGGAAUUAUGCUGGCCAUGACUGGUUUGUGUCUUCUCUGUUCAUGAUAAUGUUGGGUGACAAAGAGAAAACAUUCCAAUUUCUUCAGCAGUUCUCCAGGAUUCUGACCUCUGCUUUCCUCUGGUUGCCAAGACUACAUGUUUCUAAGUACCUACCUACUGAAACUGUAGAAUCUGGUAUUCAUCCAAUAUAUUUUUGCAGUACUCACUAUAUUGAAAUGCUUUUGAAGGCUGAGGUGCCACUUGUGUUUUCAGCUUUUCACAUGUCUGGUUUUGCACCAUCACAGAUUUGCCUGCAAUGGAUAACUCAGUGUUUUUGGAAUUAUUUAGAUUGGGUAGAAAUCUGCCAUUAUAUUACUACUUGUGUUUUCCUUGGUCCUGAUUAUCAGGUGUAUAUCUGUAUAGCUAUAUUCAAACAUUUACAACAAGAUAUUCUACAGCAUACUCAGACUCAAGAUCUGCAAGUUUUCCUAAAAGAAGAAGCACUACAUGGUUUUCGAGUGAGUGAUUAUUUUGAAUAUAUGGAAGCUUUGGAACAAAACUACCGGCCAGUGUUGCUGAGAGAAAUGCGGAACAUUCGAUUGCUGAGCCUGUAGAUCAUGAUUAAUGCAUUUAAUUUUAUGUUUUAUUUACUUUUAAAGGAAACUAGAGAACUUGGUUGUUUUCUGUGUCUAGAACAGUGUAUUUAUUUUUAUACAGAUAAAUCAAUACUGAGAUAUUUUAAAUUUAGUAACUCAAUUUGUGACAUAAAUUCACUUUUGUAAGUUUUAUUGUGUUGUAAGAUUGUUUAGAUCUAGUUUAUUGGUAGUUCUUAUUUAUGUAUAGGAGUUAGUCCCCAUCUACAACUACUUCUUUACCAGAUGAUUAAAAUAUUUUUUCCAGUGAGUUUGGAAAGUAGAAGCUAUAUUGUAAAUGACUGACUGGCCAGAGAGAAUCCAUAGACACAAGGGGAGAACAUUUGUUUUCUCUUGCUUGCUCUAGCUGCACAUACAAAGGAAAAUAGACAAAACCCUAACUGCUUGUUUUACAUAUGAAGGAGCCAAUGGUAUUUGUCGUGGCAAGUAGCAGAAAAACUACUUUUCUAAAACAUAAUUGUUUUUCUAGGAGUUGCUUUUGAUACCUACAUCAAUUUAUAUUUUUCCAUAUGAAAUGUAGUCUUUACAUGCUUCAUUUAAAAGAUAAAUUGGUUAGUUCCUAUUGAUAAGCAUUCUGUUCUUAGUUGUUACGCAUUUUCCUUUGUGAUAGAUUUGAUUUGUACUGAACUUGAAAACAUUAAGAAUGGAUUUCUAAAUUAUUUUAAAUGAGUAACACUGUUUCAUUUUAUUUAAAUAGAAGUUUCUGUGCCAGUAACAUUACUAUAAUAUGUUAAAGUCUAUUUUCUUAUAUCACAAAUGUCACAUUGAAAAUAAGAAAGAAAAUUACAAAUAUAUUAAAUUAUUUUUUUCAAUCUUCAACUAAUUUUAACUUUUUUUUUUUAAAUUGGAGAGACUGUUUAAUGUUCUUGACUUAUAUUUGAAUGUAGAUUGUGUAUCCCUUGCCCAAAAUACUUGUGACCAGAAGAGUUUCAUAUCUGGGAUUUGUUAACAAUUAGAAUAUUUGCAUAUAAUAAAGAAAUGUGUUGGUGAUAGUCACCAAGUUUAGACAUGAAAUUCAUUUACAUUUUUAUGGCUACAUUAUAAACAUAGCCUGAAGAAAAUAUUGUAUUUUUAGUGAACUUAUGUUUAGACUAUGACCUGUCACCUAAGUCAGGCACAGAUUUUCCACUCAUGGCAUCGUGUCAUUGCACAAAAAGGUUUAUAUUUUGGAGAGUUGUGGAUUAGGGAUCUUCAAUCAAUAUAUACCAAAUAUUAAAACCACUUACAAGCUAACAUGGUGUUUUCCUUUUGUAACCAAAAUUGGAAAACCUAAAAAUUUAUUUUUCCUUUUUGCAUGAUAAAAUAAUUAGUACUGUAUACUUUUUAAUUUUGUGAUAUUUAGAUUAUUGCAGUAUCCACCAUCCAAAAUCAAGGUUUCUGCUGUAAAUGCCUGUAAUGGGUUCUCCAGUGAUGUUCCUAAAGAACAUUAUAAAGUUGUAAAACAUAAAUUGAAUUAGCUAAUUCGUCAUAAUGCACACUUUCUUAGCUCUGAUUAAUGUGAGAUAAACUAGAGUCCUAGAUGACCCAGAGCAUUAAGCUUUGUCUACUAUCAAACUGCAUUUUAAAAAUCCUCCACAGAAUAUGUAAUACAUGUUUACAGUUACAUUUCUAUCCAUUCUGUUCCUGAGUUAUUUCAUUGACCCAAGAAACUUGUACUUUUAUUUCUUUUUAAAAGCUAUCACACAGUAAUCUGAAAUACAAAUGGACAAGAAAAAAGUAUAAUUUAAUUGUAUGAUUUUGAUUGGAAACUGAGGUAAAAUCUAGAUUAUAAAAAUCACAUUUUGAGAAAAAGUGAUUUCAUUUAGCUGGAGCUGGAAUCUUUCAUUUUCUUUUGAAAAAUAAGAAAUAUCAUAUGAACAAUGAACUGGUAAACUUGUGUCAUUGGAGAAAAUGUAAAAUAUAGUAGUUAGCCUAGCUGCCGUUAUGAGUUUUUUUUUAAGAUUUAUUUAUAUAUUUGAAAGAGAGAGACAAUGAUAUCUUCCACCAUUCACUGAGUCUCUCCCCAAAUGGCCACAGCUGCCAGACUCUUAGGA